AUGGGAAAUCUAGAUAAUUGUAAUGGACGUAGUCCUUGUUCACUAUCUAGCUCAGAUUCACUGCGUCAUGAAAGAUCAAGAUCAUCUAAUAAAGAUUCUAUUGCGCAGUUGAUAGAAGUCAUUUCCAGGCCGAGAGAAGCCGGUGGAUUUGGCAGUUCGCUGCGGUACUGUGAUCUUGAACGGCUGCUGCAGCAAUUUGGCUGUGUGUGGAGUACUGAUCGUAUGGAUGAUUGCUGGUAUGAUAUGGUGCGGGGCCGCCCAGAGGGUGUUGUUAGUGAUAUGGGUUGGGCUGCAGAGUGUAUUCAUGGAUAUCUGCAAGAGAAAUUGAUAGAGUCCGCACCACCACCAACACCACCACCACAACAGCAACAACAAAAGAAACAACAACAUAAGAAACAACUGCAAAAUAGUAAAGUUUUAUUUGAAGAACAUAGUGCUUCAACACCACUGACAGAAACGCCUAAACCACUUGUUCCGUUUCUUUCACCAGAAUCUCGACCGGAGAUCCCGGAUGAUGCACCCUUAUCAUCAAGUUCAUCAUCAUCAAGAUCAAGAAAAAGAUCAUCAUCACUACAGGAACGAAAACCUCCACAGCAGCCACAGCAGCAAGAAGAAGAAAAAGAAGAAAAGGAACCACAACAACAUGUGCCCAGAGAUUCUGCAGCAGUGGAUGAUCAUUUCGUUUACGCUGAAAACCCACGAUAUGCGUCGCCAACACUCUCAAGUAUACGACGAAAUCGCUCGGCUUCUGCUCCAUCGCGGGGCAAUAAAGCCAAAGCAGUGGGAUCCUCUGCAGCAUCAGGUGUUCAUGUUUCUCCACGAAACAGACGCUUAUCACCAUCGCAGAGUCGUGAGGUUUUUCAGCGGCUUAUAGAAGAUGCAAAUAAUAGAAGAAGUAGAGCAAAAACAACUGCUUCUCCACCUGAAGCAAUCCCAACCACAUUAAGUACCAAAACCAAUAUGAAGCGAUCUGAUCGUUCCGCUUCAUCCAAAUUAAUUCCCCCUCGUCCAUCGCCGAAUGUCUGUCGAUGGAGUAAACCCACCAAAUCCUACGAAGCCAAACUGACCCCAGAACCACCAUCUAUAGAUCGACUGGAGGCCAUUGGGCCAACGCCGCACGUGGAGCGGCAGGAACCGCGGGGACCAUCCGCGUUUGUACCGCCGGGAUAUGUGGAGGCGGUGGCGCGCCUUCGCAGAUUUGCGGCAUCGCGAGAAUCCCAGCAGGCGUUUGCAGACACGCUGCGCAGCACAUCCCCCACUGUGCCUUCGCCGGCCAUUGAGCAGACGCCUAUUCUUCGGCUGCCAAUGCAGGAUGAUGCGGCGAAGAAGAAAAUGGUCGUUGACGUUCGUUUGGCAACACCUCUGCGUUCACGUCAUCUUCUCUUUCCACGGGAUAUACCGUUUGAUGACCCCUCACGUGUGUUGAUUCAAAAUAUAUUGAGCGAAACGCGAAUGAAGUGUCGGUAG